AUGGCGAAUGUGUCUGCAACAAGCGACGGCACAGUUCAGCUGGUAAAGGAGUGGUUGAAGGACGAUGACAAGGCUGAAGGGCAACUUCCCCUGCAUCUGCAGAUUACCCAUCUGCGGGAGAUUCUUGCAUCCAACCCAUCACUUAUGACUGUGCUCACUCGUGCCGCAGCCCUCAAUCUGCCAAACUGGUACCUUGCUGGCGGCGCAGUGUCUCAGACAAUCUGGAACACCGUUUCAAAGCUCCCACCAGAGACGGGGAUCCUCGACUACGAUCUCGUCUAUUAUGAAAAUUCCGACUUAUCAUACGAGGCGGAAGACCUGGCCAUACAGGCUGGAAAGCGUCACUUUGCCGAUGUGCCUGUCGAGGUGGAAAUCCGAAACCAGGCACGAGUUCAUCUAUGGUAUGAACAGAAGUACGGUGUCACGUGUCAACCACAUGCAAGUGUUGAGGCAGGGAUCGACACAUGGAUAUCAACAAGUGCCAUGCUAGGGGUGAGAAUAGACGAGGCGGGCGAGUGGAUCGUCCGAGCCUUGGCCGGCGGUGGAAAGCUGGCAGGUUCCCUAGCAGAGGUGGCGAUUGCAGGCGGCUGGAAGCCUUGGGCCAGGCUGACCCCAGUUCAUCCUCGCCAGCCUGAGCUUGCCACCAAGGAAAAGAGUUCCAAUCCGGUAUACCGAGAUAAAUGUCAGGAGAUGGUGGCGUCGGACGUUGAUGCAGAGUAUGCAGCAAAGCUUGGGUCCAUGAACCCUGAAGCGACCCGAGACAAAGAUCCGACAGCGCAUGGCCCAAUCAAGCCCACAUCUUGCUACUUGACUGGGAGCCCCUGGUUUUUGCUGCAGGAAGAGCAUGGCUGGCAGUUUGACUAUGCCAGCUAA